AUGGCUCCAGCUGCUAAGCCACAGGUUAGUGAAGUUGCUCUGGAGUUGAUCUUUCGAGCAGCGAUGGAGUAAUCCGGAGCUCGAAUGAUUGAUUGAGAAGGAGUAAACUUCUACUCAUUCGGUCAUGGGUUCUGGAUUCAAUCGCUGUUCCGGAUAGCUCUACCAAGUGCUGAGAUUCAAUGUCUCGUGUUCAGGUCAAGAAAAAUGCUGAGAACAUCAACUCUCGUCUUUCCAUGGUCAUGAAGACCGGACAGUACGUCCUCGGAUACAAGCAGACCCUCAAGUCCCUUCUCAACGGAAAGGCCAAGCUUGUCAUUAUCGCCAACAACACCCCACCACUCAGGUAGCACUUAAAUAUCAUAGCCCCAUCAUUGCUUAUUUUUUACAGAAAGUCCGAGAUUGAGUACUACGCCAUGCUCGCCAAGACCGGAGUCCACCACUACAACGGAAACAACAUUGAGCUCGGAACCGCCUGUGGACGUCUCUUCCGUGUGUGCACCCUCGCCGUCACUGAUGCCGGAGAUUCUGAUAUCAUCCUCAGCGUCCCAUCGGAGAGCGCCUAA